UCUCCCUUCCUCAGACAUAAUCGUUUGUUCGUUCAGCUCAGUGGCACUGUAUGACACCGAUGUUAAAUUUUAUAUCUUUCUUGUGAGCACCGCAGGAUUUCGUCAUAUAGUGAAGCUUUUCAGUGAACAUUUAUUUGUCAAUCGUCUAAAGGAAGAAGAAAAAAAAGAUGAAGAAAAUCUUUAGAUUAAGAUUUGUCAUCCUAUGUAGUAUUAUUUUGUUUUUGUGCUACAACGGUGUCAAUGCUAUGAAAUGCUAUCAAUGCAACAGCCGCAAUAAUAGCCAAUGCGCCGAACUUGUUCCUCCAGACACAAUGAAAAAGGAUUGUGCGGAACUUAAAGAUGGUUCAAAGUAUACAAUGUGCCGAAAAAUUACACAAGUCAUCGAAUUUAGUGUCAAUGGUUUACCACCUGAUACGCGAGUUAUUCGAGGAUGCGGAUGGGAUGAGUCAAAUUAUAAAGGCAAGUGUUAUCAACGAAGUGGCUUUGGUGGUAGACAAGAAGUUUGCUCCUGUUUGACUGAUUUUUGCAAUUCAGCACCGCCUAAACCUGGAAUUUUGUCACACCGUCUUAUUCUUUCAUGCAUUCUGCUCAACCUAUUGCUAAUGUUUUUGUGGAAUUAAAUAUUCUUAAAAAAUAAUCGAAUUUUCAUAAGAUUUAGUUAUAAGACUAUUAUGGAGAUUAGAUUAGGAGUUAUAAAAAAUUUAAUAUCAGCUUUCCAUAGAUGUGAAACUUGGAUAGUAGAUAAUUAUAAUAAAAAAUUAUCCAAAAAGCGCAAGAAAAAAGAUCAGGAAAACAAUUUUAUGUUAUUCAAAUAAUCAAGAGAAAUGGUUAAAUAUCUCGUGCCAUAUAAGUUGCACAACAUCAAAGCGACUCGUGUCUCAAUGUGUACUGCCUAGUUAAUUUUUGGAUUUCCUGAUAUCACGCAUAAAAAUAAACUACUAGUGCAGUAAAAACACUACUGAAAUGUAGUAGUGAUACUAACAGUUUAUUUUUAGGCGGGGCUCAGACGUAACGACUGAACUAAUCAAGUUCUUAACAAGCUUACUCAAUAACUUGGGUUUGAAUUAUAUUUCCAAAGUAUCUAUUUUUUUCUGU